GGAAGUUUCGUUGGACUCUAGCGGACUUCACGGUUCUGGAUGUGGCGUGAGCGGAACUGAGGGACGAACAAAUGUUUAUAAUGAGGCCCCUACUUCUGCGCUAUUCGCUCAGCUGUUGUGUGACAUCGUUCGGUUCGUUUUCCGCUUCUCGCAACAAACUCGUCACACAAUCAGUAGCUCACCUUUAUUAUUUGAGAAAAACGAUGCACUAUCAAACGGAAGAGAGAGGACACCCCAAUUCUCCAGACUACCGGAUUUAUUUUAAAACCUCAGAAGGGAAAUACAUUUCACCAUUCCAUGACAUUCCACUUAUAGUGGAAACAGAACAGGACAAUGAUGUGCCAGCUAAAAAACCCAAGAAGAAUGAGGUUGAGGUGCUCUUUAACAUGGUUGUGGAGGUACCUCGAUGGUCAAAUGCUAAAAUGGAGAUUGCAACAAAGGAACUCCUGAAUCCAAUCAAACAAGAUGUAAAGAAAGGCAAGCUCCGAUAUGUUGCCAACAUAUUUCCCCAUAAAGGUUACAUCUGGAACUAUGGGGCACUCCCACAGACAUGGGAGGAUCCAAACCACACAGACAAAGAGACAACAUGUUGCGGUGAUAAUGAUCCCAUUGAUGUUUGUGACAUCGGCACACAGGUGUGUUUUCCAGGUCAGGUGAUCCAAGUGAAAGUGCUGGGCAUCUUGGCCAUGAUUGAUGAGGGAGAAAUGGACUGGAAGGUCAUCGCUAUCAAUGCUAAGGACCCAGAUGCCAAAAACCUGAAUAACAUAGAGGAUGUCUUUAAGAGCCGACCUGGUCAUUUAGAGGCCACUGUCGACUGGUUUAGGAAAUAUAAGGUGCCUGAUGGAAAGCCUGAGAACCAAUUUGGAUUCAAUGGACAAUUUAAAGACAAGGCCUUUGCAGUAGAGAUCAUUAAGUCCACCCAUGAGCACUGGAGGGCACUAGUGCAGAAGCAGAUAAAUAGUGCAGGGAUUGAAUGCAAAAAUAUCUCUUGCUGUGAGAGCCCUUUCAAAUGCAGUGACGAGGAGGCCAGACAUGUGGUCCAAUCGGCCCCUGCAUUUGGUAGCGCACAUCCUGUGUCUCCAGAUACGGACAAGUGGCAUUUUGUCUGACACCCCAAAGACAAUAUGGAAACCAACAACACUUCCUAGCAUCGUAGAAGCAGUACCAAUAAUGCUGCAUGUUUUGUAUGCAGCUGGAUUUAUAUUUGGUAAGGACUCGUUUUUAGCUGUAUAAAGUACCAUUUAGGUUUACCGUCAAACAAUUUGUUGAAAAUGGAUAAAGAAAAAAAAACAUUAGGUACACUGGCAAUAUGAGCCAGUGAUCUGUACUUUUGUUGAGUGAAGAACCACAAGUGAGCUGGCUUUUUGGGUGCCAAAUUCUUCCGUUGCUGCUGAUACCAAUUAUUUUAACAUGGAGGUUAAUUAAAAAAUCAUUGUGAUUAUUUAUGACUAUUAAAUGGAAUUGUAUGCUCUAUUUCUUUUGAAAUAUUUUUGUGGCUAAUGACCAGGUCCAGCCUCUAAGACUGAAAGUCAUGUUAAUUGCCUCUGAUUUGGCUAUAAUUUCUGGCUAUAAUCAAUUUGUACUUGCAACCACAAACAAAAUACAAUUUGUAUGUACCAAGUAAACAUUUGUUUUUUUGUUUUGGUAAAUAAAAUUAAGACAUGAAGAUG